AUGACAGAAUCAUUGGCAUCUACUAGUCAGUCGGAAGGAGUUCAUACUUUAGAGUAUGAAUUCUUCAAUGUAAGACCCACUCCUCCGGAGCCUUGGAUCACUCCAACGUUCACUGUGGCAGCCAGAGCCCGCGUAAUUGUGACAUUCUGUUUCUUCGCCAUGUCCAUGUUCAGCAACACAGCCGUUCUGCUCAGUGUCAUCAAGAAAAGAAGAAAUUCGCACAUCAGGAUUCUAAUCUUGAGCCUCACCAUCGCUGACCUAACAGUGACUGUUUUGGUGAUGCCACUGGACACAAUCUGGAAUAUUACCAUCCAGUGGUAUGCAGGUGACAUUGCAUGCAAAGCCCUGAACUUCCUCAAGCUGUUUGCCAUGUAUGCAUCAGCACUUGUCCUGGUAGUGAUCAGUUUGGAUCGUCAUUCAGCUAUCUUGAACCCAUUCAGCUUUAUCAGUGCCAGUCACAGGAAUAAGUUAAUGCUUUCCAUAGCAUGGAUUACAAGCGUGAUCCUGGCUGCUCCUCAGCUCUUCAUUUUUCAGGUUCAGCAUGUCCAUAGCAUGAACUUCACCCAGUGCGUGACGUAUGGGAGCUUCACUGAACGCUGGCACGAAACCUUCUACAACAUGUUCACCUUCAUCACCCUGUAUGUCACACCUCUCACUGUCAUGGUCAUCUGUUACAGCAGGAUUCUGUGGGAAAUCAGAAAGCAGAUGAAAGGAAACAGAGCAAGAACACAAAAUGAUUACAUAACAAGGGCACGAAUGAAAACUCUUAAACUGACCAUCAUCAUUGUUGCAUCCUUCAUCAUCUGCUGGACACCAUAUUACCUCCUCGGACUGUGGUACUGGUUCAAGCCAGACAUACUGAAGAAUGUGCCAGAAUACGUCAAUCACAUACUGUUUUUAUUUGCCUUGCUGCAUACCUGCUCUGAUCCUCUCAUAUAUGGAUUCUACACGCCUUCCUUCAGAAAGGAUAUCAUGACAUGUUGGAGAGGGGCAGGAACAGAGGUCACAGGGCGUGAAGUGAAACACGGUGGAAAACCAGCCACUGUCAAAUCUCUACGAGGUGAUAUAAAUGGCAAGGUUCUUAAUCACAUUCAGAUGUUGUCUGUUGUCCCCAACAGAAUGGCACAAUCUGCCUUUUAAAUGAAGCCUUAAUUAAGUUACAUUAUUUGGUUGUGGGCUCAAGUCCCUCUCUAGGAUUUGGGCACAUCACUUAGGCUAACAUUUUCAUGCUGUAUUGUUGGAAAAAUUGUCCUUCAAAUGAGGCUCCCUCUCUCUGUGCUAGUGGUUCAGUGAGCAUUGCAGAUGACAUGGCACAAUUCAAGAAAGAGAAAGGAGCUUUGCUGAUGUCCUGAGCAGCAUUCCUCCCUCAACCAACACUACCAAGAGAGAUAAACUGGUCAGCGCUAUGCUUGCUGUUUGUGGAAUGGCUGCCAUGUUUGUCUCCAUAACAACAGUUAGUGCACCCCCUUGUUUGUGAGGCAUUUUGGAUUUUAAGAGAGCAGACAUUAAGCACUGUAUAAAUGCAAGAUUUUCACUUAAUGAAGUUGUAUUGGUGUGAACUGUUGAAAUUGUGUUUCUGAAGUACAAGAAAUCAAGUUACCAUC